AUGGCAAAACAUGUACAAGGAUUUUCAAAAGAUUAUUUAAUGAAAAAAGAAAAAUGGUUUUAUAAUAGAAUAUCACAAAAUUGUGAUUCUACUUAUAAUUUUGAAAUGUUGGGUUUCGAAUAUAAAUAUCAAUUUAAAGUCCACGUUAAACUUUUAGGUUAUAUAUGCAUCUGUGAUAAAGAUUUCCCUUUAAAUUCAAAAAUAUAUCCAGAAACUGCAGAAUAUUACAGAAAUUUAAAAGAUUGA